CAAGUUCAACAUCCACAAAGUCCGGCGCAGAAAGCUGAAGCCGCCGCGCAUUUGCACAGCACAAGCUCCGUCCGUAAUCUGUAUCCUCUCUCUCUAUAAAUACACUAUUUUACUCCAUACCAUUCUCCUCUAACCUCUCCUCUCCACUGCUUGUACAUCUCUGUCUUCUUCUACAAAACUGAAUAUUCCCUUCUCAAAAUCCAAUCCCCUUUCUGUACCUCAAUCCAAUCCCCAAUAUAUACGUAACUCCUCUGCCUGAGAAAGACUCUCAAAGCAGAAAUAUUUGAGAAAACCCAUCUUCUAUCUCUGUUGUUUGCUUCAGAAAAACGUCUCAUUUCAUUCAUGGUGUCAUCUGUAUACCCUGAUGAUUUUGUAAACAUGCUAUGAAUCUCAGGGGAGAAUUGUAAAGAGGGAGAGAUAGAGCUAAGAAAUAUUAAUUUUUUUGGGUUUUUCAGCAAUUUGCAGUGAGGGAAGGAAAAGAAUCAAUCUUGGGAAUAUAUUAACGAAACCCAGAAAUUAAAAAGAAAAAGGAAUAGGAUAAGUUUGUGAUUUAGGGUUUUUAAAGGGGUGGGGAUGAGGUUGAAUGGUGAGAUUUCUGAUUGGGAAGAAGAAGAGGAAGAGGAGAACAGAGAGAGUGAGAACAAUAUGCAGGCCUUUCCGCAGCAGCAAAAGCUGGUUGUUGGGUACGCCUUGACAUUGAAGAAGAAGAAGAGUUUCCUGCAACCCAAGUUCGAGCGCUUGGCUCGCAAUAAGGGGAUAUUAUUGGUUGCCAUUGAUCUAAAUAGGCCGCUAUCAGAUCAAGGGCCUUUUGACAUUAUUUUGCACAAGUUGUUGGGGAAAGAAUGGUGUGAGAUUAUUGAGGAUUAUAAGAAAGAACAUCCAGAAGUAACUGUUCUUGAUCCUCCUGAUGCAAUACGUCAUCUACAUAAUCGUCAGUCUAUGCUUCAGGAUGUAGCAGAUUUAAACUUCUCUGACUGCCACGGCAAGGUUGGUGUUCCAAGACAAAUGGUUAUAGCAAACAAUCCAUUAUCUAUUCCCGAUGAAGUUACUAAAGCUGGACUAAGAAUGCCACUAGUGGCAAAACCACUAGUAGUGGAUGGAAGCACAAAGUCACAUGAACUGUUUCUUGCUUAUGAUCAGUUCUCCCUGUCAGAACUUGAGCCUCCAUUGGUCCUACAGGAGUUUGUUAAUCAUGGUGGUGUUCUCUUUAAGAUCUAUAUUGUUGGGGAUGCUAUUAAGGUGGUAAGGCGUUUCUCUCUGCCCAACAUCAGUAAAUGUGAGCCAGCAAAAGUUGCUGGUGUAUAUCGCUUUCCUAGGGUUUCAUCUGCAGCUGCUUCAGCAGAUGAUGCAGAUUUGGAUCCUGAUGUUGCUGAACUUCCUCCACGACCUCUGCUGGAGAAGCUCGCCAGGGAACUCCGUUGUCGGCUGGGUCUCCGUUUGUUCAACAUAGAUAUGAUACGAGAGUAUGGGACGAGAGACGUCUUUUAUGUCAUUGACAUUAAUUACUUUCCUGGUAGGUAGAUCUCUAUUGCGGAUUUGCCUUUUGAAUCUGAUUAAUAUCGGGUAUAAUCAGGCAAAACAGAGGAAAAAAAAAUCAUGUACGUGCUUCCUUUUCAAGCUCCCUCUUCUUUGGUUGUAUUUGUUUAAACAAGCUUUUGAAAUGUUAAUGCAGGGUAUGGGAAGAUGCCAGAUUACGAGAACAUUUUUACAGAUUUCCUACUGAGCUUCGUGCAGAGCAAGUGUAAGAAGAAAUGCACCACACAACUGGUGGAAUUAAAUAUCCAUUGUGCAUAAUGUUUUUGCAGGGGUAGAUCUCCCUGAGAGAUGGAUGAAACAGUCAGAAUAGUAAUACUUGUGUAAUUACUAACUGGAAAAUUUGAGCAAAAUGUCAGGUCUGCCAAUAACUACAGUUUUAGCUUUCAUGCGGGGCAACGCAACACUUGGCAUGCAGUCAUUUGCUGAUUCUUUCUUCUCUUGAAUAAAUCAAUACUCAAGUUGGCAGCGCGAAUGGUUCAUAAACCAGUUCGACUUUUUGGGUUAGUUGGUUGCUCUUUAUUUGAUGUUGAAUAAUGUUAAAAGGGUUACAUUACGGUUCUAGCUGCAGUUUUCUGCAUGGUUCUUUAUUGAUACGUUGUUUGGACUUUGGAAUGAGAUGGCAAUUGAUGUAGAUACUUUAGCACUGUGCAAGUAA